AUGGUCAAAGUGUUAGACUUACCCAUCUACGAUCCGCCAGGGUCGGCAAUCAAGCCUAUUCCUAUGGACGUGGCGAAUAUGGAAGUCGUGCUCACAAAUUGCUUUCGGGAUUUCGUUAAGACUCCAAGCUUGAGCUUUUGUGCUGAUAGAAACCGUGAUCUUCUCAGUGCACGGGAGUUUCUUUUUACUCCUAUCGGUGCGGCCCAGGUGGCUACUCUGGCGGGUUCUUUUGUUGUGGGCAGGAAGUUUGCGAAUAGACUCCUUCCUGUUAGAUCAAGACAGCAUGGGAGCAUGUACACUCGCCCCUUUCUAGCAGCAAACUACGCCCUUCAAGUUGCUGUACCCUUAGGAACCACGUGUGCUUGGUACGAGACACCCAGAGAAUGGACGAUCUGGGCUCUCAAAAAUUCUGUUAUAUACAGUGCAAACGCUGUUUACUAUACGGUUUACUAUAGUUUCUGGCUGGUCGGCAAGUUUUUUGGACUCAUAUGGAGUGCCAUCGCGGGCUUUUUUGGAAUGAUUUGGGCUGCCAUAAAAGGAGUUUUCAUGGGUGCUUGGUGGGUUGUGAAAACCACUGGAAAUGGAAUCAUGGCUAUAGGAAGCCUUUUCGGGUCGAGUGAGGAGGAAGCACCUGCUAUUGAAGUCACCAAGGAAGAACCAGUCGAAGAGGAAGGCGUGAACCCUACCGAGGUUGAGCUCGAACUGAAAUCCGCUAAACGACACGCCCAAGAAGAACAUUACAUUCCCCUGCCGCCUUGCAAAGAAAACUGCGACGAUGUCGCCUCGAUUGGCGAAGAUCUUGGCCAAUCCGAAGAAGACGACAAGGAACUUUACCCCUCUCGAAGAAGAUAA